AUGGAAACCGUACCAUCAGACCGGUUCUGCAGAGAAUGCAACAAUCUGCUCUAUCCAAAGGAAGACUCGCAGGAAAACACUCUUCUGAUGGCAUGUAAGAACUGCGAACACAUCCAAGAAACAAAGUCGCACUGCUUGUACUCAAAAAGCUUUCGAACUAAGCACAAAGCAAUGGAGGUGUAUGCAAAGGACUUGCUGCAAGACCCAACACUCCCACAUGUUAUGAUCGACUGCACAAGAUGCGGCUUCAACAAGGGAAUCUACUUCCAAUCAAGAGACAAUGAAGACGACGUUGCGUUAAGUAUUUUUUAUCUAUGCUGCAAAUGCAAUCAUUUAUGGACAUGA